AUGGAUCAUGCAGCUGCCCAGCUGGAGAAGCAGCACGUGCACGAUGUGUAUGAGAGCACCGCUCCUUACUUCAGCGACUUGCAGAGCAAAGCCUGGCCUCGUGUCCGCCAGUUCCUUCAGGACCAGAAGCCUGGCAGCCUCAUCGCUGACAUAGGUUGUGGAACUGGAAAGUAUCUUAAAGUGAACAGCCAGGUACAUACCCUGGGCUGUGACUACUGUGCGCCAUUGGUAGAGAUUGCCCGGCGUAGAGGAUGUGAAGUCAUGGUAUGUGACAACCUUAAUCUCCCCUUUAGGGAUCAGGGCUUCGACGCCAUCAUCUCCAUAGGAGUCAUACAUCAUUUUUCCACAAAACAAAGACGAAUCAGAGCAAUAAAAGAAAUGGCCAGGGUCUUAGUUCCUGGAGGCCAGCUGAUGAUUUAUGUUUGGGCCAUGGAACAAAAGAACCGGCACUUUGAGAAGCAAGACGUGCUUGUUCCAUGGAACAAAGCCUUGUGUUCCCAGCCCCUCUCGGAAUCCAGCCAGCCUGGGAGAAAGAAGCAGUGUGGGCAUCCAGAAAGAAGCCAUCCCUACCACCCUCCCUGCUCUGCGUGCCGCUGUCCCGUUUGUUUCAAGGGGCGCUGUGAUUCGCGGCGGUCCCAUAGCAUGGAUUGUGACUCUGCUCUGGCUGGCACCUGCUGUGCAAAUAUUUCCAAGGAAGGCGAGGAAGAAAAUGGAUUCUAUAACACGCUGGGGAAGUCUUUUCGUUCCUGGUUUUCCUCUAGAUCUUUGGAUGAAUCAACUCUGAGGAAGCAAAUUGAAAAAAUGAGACCCUUGAAAAACACAGAAAGUUGGGCCAAUAGCACGAUAUCCACCCAGCCUUCAAGACACUCAAGUUUCGACUUAGAUCAUCCAGAGCCAUUUUCAACAGGAGAGCAAAAUUUAGAUGAGGAAGUGUUUGUGGAGACUUCUCAAAAACACCUGGAAUGGCUGAGAGCACCCGCUACACACAAACACCUAAAUGGAGACCAUCCAAGAGGCGUGAGGAGAAAUGGAGAUGGGAAUUUUCUGGGUAGCACCAAUACCAAGGAGAAUUGUAUGGAUGCAGGUAACUUAGAAGAGGGUACCCCUUCUGCUAGUAAAAUAUGGAGGAGGAUUUCUGCAGCUGAUGCCAAAGAUUCUAACCCAGGUGACACCAUUUCUGUCGAAGAACAACAGUCCGACAUUUUGGAUUCUGGUGCCUUUAUGCGCUAUUACCACGUGUUUCGAGAAGGCGAGCUCUAUGGCCUGCUGAAGGAGAGUGUGUCGGAGCUCCAUAUUCUGAGCUCUGGGAAUGAUCAUGGCAACUGGUGUAUCGUUGCAGAGAAGAAGGAAAGUUGUGAUUGA